UUACAAGUGUCCGGAACCCGCUCCCUCUCGCCGACCUCCGACUUACCGACGGGAUUGGCCAAGGGGUCUGUCCAACGGCAUCACACAUCUCGAGGUUGUUUUGGCUGAGAAAAUGCCAAAGAAGAAGAAAAAAGACGCCGAUGGCGAUAUUACCGGCUCCGGUCCCGGUUCACAUGUGACGCUGAGAUGAUGGAUACUCGGGUGGUAGUCCUGGCGUUUCGGAUCACCAUGUGUUUGGUUUCAACGCCCAGACAAUCCUUCAGUCUCUUCCUCACAAUGCAAUGGCUCAUGUUGUAUACACAACGGCCAGACCGAAUGACACCUACAUAUAAACCGUCAUCAUGUCUUCCUUGAAUGAAUCUACGCCGGCGUCUCACAUCUCAUCCCAUUCCCGAGCCAGUGCCGAAAAGCAAGUCACCAAGAACAGGCCCAAGACCAAGCACACCACCUUGAAAACAGAAGCCCGCGCCUCCCUGCUCUUCCUAAGGACAAUGUCGCUGAAAUCCUUCACCGGGAAGUUCUUCCCAUCCCCUCUGCCGGCACCCAAUGCCUUCGCCGGGCAGAAGGUCCUCGUCACGGGUGGCACUGCCGGCCUGGGCCUCGCGGCCGCCAUUCACUUCCUCAGGUUAGGCGCUGAAGAGGUCAUAAUCACGGCCAGGAGUGCCUCGUCUGCGAGAGCCGAAGGUGCGAGGCAAAAGAUUCUCGCCGCUGGGCGGGGCGAGUCAGGUAGGGUCAGUGUUAUGGAGCUUGAUAUGAACAGCUAUGCAUCGUGUGUCGCCUUUGUCGACGCCGUCAAGGGCCGGUUCGGUGCCACCGGUGGGCCUGAUGUGAUCGUUUUCAACGCGGGCGUCACGAAUUCGCAGUUCAGAAGGAGUCCUGAGGGCAUGGAGGAGAUUAUCCAGGUCAACACACUAAGCACAAGUCUGGUCGCCAUUCUGCUAGUCCCUUGGAUGAGGCAGCACCGCGGCCAGAGAAACACGCCUGCGCGUCUCGUCUUUGUCAGUUCCGGCCUGCACAUGUCAGUCGACAUCAGGCCUUGGUCCACUUACGCGGAAAGCGAGGGUGGUGUGCUUGCACACUAUUCAAACGAGGAGAAUUUCGAGGCCGGACUGGCAAGCCCAAUGUAUAACCAUUCCAAGCUUCUGCUGAUGUACGCGCUUGAGGAGGUUUCCAAGAUGGCCUUGAAUGACAAGAACGAGCCGCAGGUCAUCGUGACAAGUGUCUGCCCCGGCCCGGUCAAAACCGAGCUCUCACGGUCGAUGCAGGAGAACUCCAUCGUCGCGAGGAUAGCUGCGCCGAUAUUCAUGAGCCUGGUCGGGAAAUCGCCUGAUUACGGCGCCCGCAUCUACCUCGCCGGCGCCCUCGCCGGGCCCGCAGAUCAUGGCAAGUUCCUCCGUGAUUACCUCACGGACGCCCAGUACGCCAGCCGGUCUGCCCCUGUGCUGGCGAGCAAGGAGGCCAGGCUCAUGCAGGUCCAAGUCUGGAAAGAGAUCCGUCAGGCACUUUCAACCAAGGUGGCAGCCGCUGGAGAGGCUCUCUGAGGCCGCUUGUGUGAUGCGGAUAAAGAAUGAACGAGGCCGACGUCUGUGAAGAAGGGGAGGAUUGAGCUCCUCAUGACCGGAGCUAGACCAUUACUUACGAUGUCGAGACCCACCUAAUGUGUAAUGUGAUACUUGCACCAUUGCACAGGGGCAGUCGGAACGAUUCUUUGUGACUAAGUGAGUUGCUGGUGGUCCGUCCGUGCCUUUGCAGCCCUUCGAUGUCCUCCAGCAGCUAGCCUGUAAAUCGCAACUGUUCGCGUGAUGAGUUGUCCUAUUCAGUUACUUGGCGAACGAUCAAAGACCGGCCCGAGGCGAGUCGGGUACGACCGCUAACUGUUUCAUGACUGCCCGUUACGUUAUAGGCAUAUGGUCCUCACUUGCUAUUGUCCAGAGGCUCGAGGCGCGUUAAUCUCGCAGUGACGUUAGUU